GCACCCAGCUUCCGCCGGAUCCCGACCGGAACCCCAGGGCUGGCGCCGGCUCGUCCCCCAGGCCGGCCGGGCGGGAGUCCGCAGUUGGUCGCCUCACGCGGAGGAGCCCACAAGGCAGCGAGGGGUCGGCCCUCAGACCCGAGGCCCGCUCGCCACCCGCGCCCCCGCCCAAGCACGAGCCGCCGACGGAAGUGUUGCGUCGCGCACUUCCGGGUGUUGUCUAGCUGUCGCCGCGCGUCUCCGGUCUCCCGGCCGUCGCCGCCUCAGGUCGUGGAGCCGGAGUAACGUCACCGCCAUGGCCGGCAUCAAAGCUUUGAUUAGUUUAUCCUUUGGAGGAGCGAUUGGGCUGAUGUUUUUGAUGCUUGGAUGUGCCCUUCCAAUAUAUAACCAAUACUGGCCUCUUUUUGUUCUGUUUUUUUACGUCCUUUCACCUAUUCCAUACUGCAUAGCAAGAAGAUUAGUGGACGAUACAGAUGCUAUGAGUAAUGCUUGUAAGGAACUUGCCAUAUUUCUCACAACAGGCAUUGUUGUCUCAGCUUUUGGACUCCCCAUCAUAUUUGCCAGAGCACAUCUGAUUGAGUGGGGAGCUUGUGCACUUGUUCUCACAGGAAACACGGUCAUCUUCGCAACAAUACUAGGCUUUUUUUUGGUCUUUGGAAGCAGUGAUGAUUUCAGCUGGCAGCAAUGGUGAAAAGUUACUGAACUAUUGUCAAAUGGACUUCUUGUCAUCUGUUGGCUAUCCAUGCAUACGAGAGAGAUUGGGCAGUAGUGAUACAUGGUGUAGCAAGUCUCUUGGGGGUAUCCUAGGUGCUCCCUUCUCGCUUUUAUUGUAUACAUAUUAUUUCACAGAGACUUGCUGAAGGAUUAAAAGGAUUUUCUGGUUUGGAAAAGCUUGACUGAUUUCACACUUAUCUGUAGUAUGCUUUUUGUGGUGUCCUGCUGGAUUUAAAUAUUUGUAUGUUUUUCCUGUUCAGCUUGUUUUUUCUUUUUUUUUUAGCUUUUUUUUUUUUAAUCAAUAUGCAAUGUUAAACAUUUUUAAAUGUGUUAACCAUUUGAAUUGGUUAGAAAUUCAGAAUUCUUCUGGCUAUGUUACUGGGCUAAAGUACAUAUUUUUUCCUAAUCUCCAUUAUUAUAAAAAUAAGUUUUCAGGAUAAUAUUGCUCCCACUUUUAUGCAAACAUGCAGACUGUUGGCAUACCUUACAGACUAUCUACUCAGUGCAAAUAUAGCUGCAUUUAUACCUCAGAGAGGCCAAGUCAUCUGGGAAAUAAUUGCUGUCCCAUGCAUUGAGUGCCCCUCCCCUGUAAGGCCUAGACAUGAUUAACAAGUAACUUGUUAGUCUUGCAAAUAAUCCAUGCAUUAACAAUUUAAGAUUUAGACCAUGGUAAGGGUAGUUCUUAUUCUUAGGUUAUAUCAUGUAACUUUAAAGUAUUUAAAACAUGUUUCCUGUAUUUGUUUGAUUCCAUAAUAAUAGAUCUGCUAUUUCCUUAUGAAAGAUAUUUAUCAUAUGAAUUAAUGCAGAGUAGCCAAAUCUAGCUGUAUAGCAGCUUCAGGCACAGACUUGCCCAAAAAAUUCCCAGUGUCCAGGCAUGAUCAAAAUGUAAUGGUCAUUUUCAUCUCAUGAUUAUCAGUACCUUUUUUAGGAGCUGGUUAUGAAAAUUUUCAAGUUGAUUUGACAGUAUUUUGUUAAGGAUAUUUGUGUGUCUAUUCAGUGUAUUUACAUAAAAAUUGUUUUGCCUUCAGUCAAAACUGAGUAUUCAUGACAGCUUUCUUUCAUUGUUUUAAGUUUCUCAAGAAAAUGGGAACAAAUUCUGAGUUGUUCAGCUUUUUACUAAAGAUGCCUAAAGCUGCAGGUUUUUAUGUUUUUUGUUUACUGCCCCAAGUUUGUUUCUUUUGGCUGUAAGAUGGAAAGCAGAAAUUUCUGCAUGUGGCUGUGCCAUUUGCACAUUAGGCAGAAAAUGCCUUGCCAUGUAAUAAUAUUCUAGACUUCACGAGGAAGGAACAAGUAUGCAUGAAUUAGCUGGUGAUACAGUUGGAACUCUUUGUGCCUGGUCUACUGGUUUUAUUUUUUUUAGUUUCCGUUUUCUGUUCCUCUAGAAUGUCAGUGCAGUGCACUGCUACUUUUUAUUCACUUGGCCAUAGAUUCUUUUUUCUAACACCUGCGUAUUCUUUCUGUAUACUGAUUGCAUUGGCAGCAUUGUGUCUUUGAUCUUGCAAACUAGCUUUACAAUGCUGUCUCUGGUUUCUAGGCUAGUUACUUAAGAUAAGACUUUUCCGUAGAAUAUGCACUGACCCAACAUUGCCAUUCUUCUAUGGAAAGAAAACUUUUGAUGGUAAAAUAAUAAAGAUUUUAAAUUAUGCA